AUGAGCGAUUUUACAUAUUUCUUCCAAUUCACUCCAUUUGGAAAAUCAGUUUCAGAUCAGUGGGAUAACUUAACAAGCGAAAUUCAGUACAUAGCGGUUGUCUGCCAAUUGAUCGUUUUCCCGUUUUACGUAUACGUUCACAAAGCUAAUAAUAUAAGGGAUAGAGAGGUAGUCGUAUUUCAAAUAACCAAUCACUUUUACAAAUGUGUAGUUGCAAUGAACAUUGGAUACGUUUUAUUUGGAAUUUUUGUAUUGUGCACUUUAGCAGAAGGAUUACUUAUCUACAUCUCAUUAAUCAUAUUUCCUAUAGGCAUAGUAUAUGUCUUUAUAGAAAUGAUAAUUGCUGACGUAUUUCACUUGCUAAUAUCGCUCCUAGCAAUGGAGAAAUUUUUUAUCUACUUUUUUCCGCGUUGGGAAAAAACUGUGAUAUCAAUUCAAAAGUAUAUUCAUAAAUAUAUAGUAUUCGUGUAUUUGGCGUGUUGUUCUAGAUAUAUGUUAUCCGCUGUGAUUGGUUCAUCACUUGAACCGUAUGGAUGGAAGUUUCUUGGUCCUAUUGUUCAACAUUUUCUCACUAUUAUUCUUUUUAUAUCAGUACUUCUCUAUAUCCCAGUUAUAAUUAGCGUACGAAAAUUGUCUCAUUUACAAUCGGCUCAAUUGAGCAAUCCACAACAGUACAUCAUGGGUCAAAUAAUUGUUGUAUUCUUUUUCAAAAUUCUUAUGUUUAUCCCCGAUUCUGUUCAUAUAUUUCUUAAAGAAGGUACAUUACACAGCGUUCUUAUGGUCUCAACUAAUGAUUCUACUACAAUACCGUUGAUAGCUCAGUUAUCAUACCUUGGGUGCAAUAAAAGGAAUUUGAGUCUAUUAUUCAAUAUUUUUAGUUUCAAAGUAUUCUCCAAAAUUUUUAUGUUCUUCGGUGUUCAACGUGUUCAACAAACUUCAACAGUUCGACCCCAAAAUUUGGAAUCAACAGUAUAUCCUCUUUAAUGAUAAAAAGUUUAAAAUCGAUUAAAAAUGAAAAC